AUGCUUCAUCGUCCAGUCAAGAACAUCAGUCUAAACAGUCAUCCAAGAACUGCUCCAGAUGUGGUCAAGUUCACCGUACAAAAUGUCCAGCCAUGGGAGUCAUCUGUAACAACUGCCACAAGCCGAACCACUUUGCCAAGUGUUGCCGCAGCUUGUAAAUGUAUUGUUAACAGUGUUGCCAACUUAAUUUUAACGAACCCACCAAUUUUGCCGUCGCAACCCACCAGAAAACCACUAAUAUCCACACUAACUAAUAUUAUAAAUAAAUCCUAUGAAGACUCUGACACCUAA